CCAUCUGCUUCUUAUGCUUGAGUGGUGAAUUGUACGUCACUCUGGACUGUCAACUAUACAGGCUACAGGGUUGAGGGCUCGCCAAGCCGCCCUUCAUGUAGGAAAUGCGCAGCCGCCUCCCGAUUCUGCUACAAGCAAAGUGGGCCAGACAUUGGACGCGCGCCCAGCUUCUAUCUACUCGUCUACCUCCCCUGGCAGCAAUAUUACACUUAUCGGCCACGCCUAUCGAGUGGUGCACCCUUUGCGAUAUGUUUCCGAUACUCGCGAGAUAUGGCGCGUACUUCCUACUCUCCAAGUCGCAAGGCCGCUGUCAACUUCCUGAAGAGGCUCAAGUUACCGCUUUCGGAUACUUCUCGCCUGGGUUAUUGUCCCCCUCGAGGUUCGCUGACCGGGGUUCCUGCGGGCUGCAAAGCCGCCGGUUGUCGUGCGGGCAACCGCGAGGUAUAUUUUGCCUCGUUUUUUCUGCGCCUCGAGGUGACUUACGGCGCACCAGGAUUUUGUCGGGCACACAAGUUCCCUUUCGGGCAGUGACGGACUGGCACUUUGAGGGUUCGCCUCUGAGACACGCCUCGCUUGACGCCUCGAGCCAGGACGUAUCGUGCGGCGCAGGACGUAUGGCAGGGAGAGUCACGAGGGGUACGUCCCGGAGUUGAGGCUGCUGUUUUCGCGGAGACUGGGUGGAAUCACUGGGCAGGCUCUGCGUACUCAGCUCCAAGGUCCAUUGCUUGCAUUCAGUGCCCAUCGAUGCCACCAUCGUCGCUCGUGUCGCGACUCGCCACCGCGUCGACGGCGCCGGCGCCGGCAGCCGCAGAGCCGGUAUCCCUCCAACGCCACAGUCCUCAUGGUACCUCUGCUGCGCACGA